CAAUAGAAGAACGUGAAAUAGAAAAGGGAAAAAACAAAACAAACUAAAUCAAGCAAGCAAGCACGCACGUUUCCCUCCAAACCAUUGUAAAGAGACAAAAAUGGCCCAGAGUGGUGUUGUAUUUGGAAGCUAUGCUCCUCGGGUAAAUCCAAAAGAACUUUUCGACAGAUUAACUACACCAAAAACGUUAGAACUUGAACCCAGACCCACAUUUAUUAAAGUUGGAGCGGUGUCCAAUGUAAAAGGCUCUGCCUAUAUGGAAUAUGGCAACACAAAAGUUAUGGCCCAAGUAGAACCACCAAAGGAAAUAAGUAAAAAUAGCAACAGAAGUGGCACACUUGGCUUGAUUUUAUGCAGUGUCAAAUAUGCCCCCUUUGCUGCCCUAGAUUCCGAAGUUGUUGCCCGCAAAGAAUCUUUUAUGAGUGUGGCCUUGAAGAAAGCCUUAGAGCCGGUUAUUUGUCGUCACGAAUUUGCCAAUUUCCAGCUGGAGAUCAAGGUUCUGAUAAUUGAUGAUGAUGGAUGUGCCCUGAGUACGGCAAUCAAUUGUUGCGGUGCAGCACUGAUUGAAGGUGGUAUACCCACCUACGAUUUGUUAACAUCAUCCACCGUUUGUGUACUAAAUGGCCAGGAGUUUGUUAAUCCAACAGCUGACGUAGAGGACUUGUUGAGAAGCCUACCAGGAUGUGACAACUCCUCGGAAGAACAUGGAGUAUUAGUAACAGCCAGUUUAUCCGGAGUGGGGCAGAUAUCAGAAUGUUUUCAAAAAGGUUAUCUCCUGCCAGAGACCCUAGAGCGUUUGUGUGACCAUUCCCUGGCAAUAAAUUUACGUAUGGUGGACACAAUUAAACACGUUCUAGUCAACAAGGUUAAACAACACAUUGCCAGCCAAGAAGGGGAGGAGAGCAAUGGCUCAGAUGAAGAUAUGGAAAAUAACUCGUAAUAAGAAUAAAACACACAUCAUGUACCGAAAGACACAA